GGCCUCAGUCGAGGCCUCGUCGUCGUCGUCGUCGUCGUGGUCCGGGCGCCAUGGCGAGCUCGGCGGCCCCGGCCCCUUCGCAGCCCCCGCGCCCCAUCAAGGGCAUCCUGAAGAAGAAGGCGGCCGUCCCGGCGCCCCGACCCGCCGCCAACGCCCGCCCCCACCACGGACACGACCACCGCGACCACCAUGGACACGACCAUCACCUCAGUAAAAAAUCCCAAAAGUGGGAUGAAAUGAACAUCCUGGCGACGUAUCAUCCAGCAGACAAAGACUAUGGUUUAAUGAAAAUCGAUGAACCUAGCACUCCGUACCACAGCAUGAUAGGUGAUAAUGAUGAAGAUGCAGUGAGUGAUUCUGAAUCAAAUGAAGCAUUGACUCCAGAUCUCCUAGCUAAGAAGUUAGCAGCAGCUGAAGGAACUGAGCCAAAAUUUCUGGUUCAAGAAGAAGAGAGCAGCGAGGAGGAUGAGGACCUGUCACCUGAAGAACAAGAAAAAAAGCGGCAAUUUGAAAUGAAAAGGAAACUUCACUACAAUGAAGGACUAAAUAUUAAAUUGGCUAGACAGUUAAUUUCAAAAGAACUACAUGGAGGUGUGGAAGAUGAGGACGAGGAAGAUGAUGAUGAUGACGACGAGGAAAUGCAAGAGGCUGCAGACGUGGAAAGCAUGAAUACGGAAGCAUCUCACCAGAUACCCGCUGCAAGUGACCAACUGCAAAAGAGAGCUGAAGAUUUGUAGAAGAGACUUAUCCAGCCCUGCAAAUGCUUGUCAGAUACCAACCUGUUAGAAUGAUACACUGCUUCGUGUUCUCUGCGAUUCAUCAUCUAAGUAUUGAAAUGCAUAUCAGUUAUUAUGUUUUGCCAAGAAUUGUAAUGGUAACUUUAGAGACUACUAGAUUAGGCUGAAAAAUGCCUAGUCAGUUUAUUCUUGUGUCUCGCACUUCACAGAGAAUAUCGCAUAACAUCAGUCCAGAAAGAAUUACUUUUAUAAAGACACUGGUUAGUUUGUAUAAGAUAUUGUCACUUUUUAUGCUUUAAAAGUUACACAUUAUCUUUUUUUGUUAUUUAUUUGCUGCUGUUCGAAGUGUGGUAGAGCUCUUUUAGAAGAGUUUUUGAAAUCAAUAUUGUACAGCAACUUACAGGUUGAUUUUUCAUAUAUAUACAUAUAAAAUUCUGCCUGGUAAGUAUCUUAGUAGCUAUUUCUCUCCUCUGUGUGCUUUAACUAUAAAAGAGAUUAUUUUAGAAAAGCCGUUCUGUAACUUUUCUGUACCUGGUUAAGAUACCUUUGUGGCACUAUUUUUCUUCCACGUUCUGUCGGUGGUCGGCGACAGACGCUGGGCUCUUUCUUUAAUAAAAAUAGCUGUUUCACAAAUAAUUUACUAGGGUUGAUUGCACUAACUCCGGGUGGAAACUUUAUGUACCGGUGAUGAAUAGAUUUCAAAUCGGUCAUCAAUUUAGGCGCUUCUUUCAGCACAGUUGAGUCCUUGUUCUUCUCCUCUCCCUCUUAUCCCUCUCUAAAGAUGUGGGAUUGUUUGCAUCAGUCUCUGGAGCUUCUAGCAACUUUUUGGUCUUCUGCCGUCUACCUCCUUGUCCCAUUCAGUGUCUCUCCAGCGGACAUCUUUUGCGUCAGGGCAAUUCUCAGUGCAACCAAAAAAGCAUUUCGGGUGUUGGGGCUGAAACCUCCACCGUUUUAGCCGACGGAGGGCUGUUGGAGAUCUUUCUCGCCCUUAGCGGGUUGCAGCUCACCUCUUGAACUGCGACUCUAAAUGUAUUUCUUGACUUACUAUAGGUCGUAGCUGAAGUUGCUUGCGUUUUUAGGAGUGACGUUGUUCCGGCAAAGGUUUACACCAAGGUAAAUGCCCUUCUGAUGUGGAAGGAAGCACGCGGAUUUAUUUCGGAAGCGAAGUACACAAACUGGAAAUCCAGUUUUUGGCCUAGUGAUGGAUUCGUUUGCAAUCAAUUCUUUGAAUCUAAGUUUCCAUCAGUUGCGGAAAACUCCUACGUGGACAUAUUUUUAAAAAUGAUUUCUGAAUAUUGUAUAUAUGAAGUUACUAUUUUUUCUGAGCAGUCAACUUCCACCACAUGUGAAUUUAUUGCGACAUCAAUGUGUAAGAUUGAAUAAAAGUGGAAGAAAUUUAUACCAUUA